AUGUCACGAACCGCACACGCUGAGCAAUUACUGGGUCAAUCCCUCUUUGAAAAGCUCCAGACUUGCCGAGUGCUCGUGGUUGGUGCCGGUGGCAUAGGGUGCGAACUUCUUAAAAACCUCGUACUAUCGGGAUUCCGUCAUAUAGAACUUGUUGACUUGGAUACUAUCGAUCUCUCUAAUCUCAAUCGUCAGUUUCUAUUUCGCAAACAUCAUAUAAAGAAAUCGAAAGCACAUGUCGCCCGAGAAUCAGCAUUAAAAUUCAACCCAAACGUUAACAUAAAGUCACAUCAUGCUAACAUAAUGGACCCAGAAUUCAACGUUGAAUGGUUCAAAAGCUUUGAUAUUGUCAUGAAUGCUCUUGACAAUCUUGAGGCUAGAUUUCAUGUGAAUGAAAUGUGCAUGGCCGCAAAUGUACCGUUACUUGAAUCUGGGACCGAGGGUUAUGUUGGUCAAGUGACCGUUAUAAAGAAGGAUGAAUCCGAAUGCUACGCGUGUCAAGAAAAGCCAAAGAAAGUAACAUAUCCAGUCUGCACAAUACGUAGCACUCCCAGCAAACCUAUUCAUUGUAUAGUAUGGGCAAAAAGCUAUCUCUUCAGUCAGUUAUUUGGUACACCUGAGGACGAGGAAGAAGAAAUAAAAGAAGACAUGGAUGCUGAUAAUGCUCAGGAGAUCGAGAACUUGAAGCAAGAGACUCAGGAAUUGAUAAAGAUCAGAGAGGCGAUGGGAUCGGAUAACUACGCGUAUUUAGUAUUUAAAAAAGUGUUCAACGACGACAUUAACAGACUACUUACGUGGGAAGAUAUUUGGAAAAAGCGAACACCCCCCAAACCACUGGUAUAUGAGACGCUUGAAAACGGUGUAAUAGAUAAUGGAACUGGGCAAUAUUCGUCAAAUUCUGGAACGCUUGAGGAUCAGAAAAUAUGGUCUUUAAAAGAAAACUUUAACGUAUUUGUCGAUAGUGUUCGACGACUGAGCAAACGACUGUUGGAGGAGAAAGCGGACGAUCCAACCGCGUCCUUAUCGUUUGAUAAAGACGACGAUGAUGCUCUUGAUUUUGUCACGGCUACUGCUAAUUUACGUUCUUAUAUAUUCGAUAUUAAGAUGAAUUCAAAAUUUGAUGUUAAAGCCAUGGCAGGAAAUAUUAUCCCGGCCAUUGCAACAACAAAUGCUAUUAUUGCGGGAAUGAUUGUGAUGCAAGGUUUCAAGGUGUUGAGUGGAAAUCUGUCGCAGUGCAAGACGGUCUAUUUUGACGGUGCCAGACGUCCUCAGAUAUUCCCAUCAGAGUCUCUACUCAAGCCUAAUCCUUCUUGUGCCAUAUGCCGUAAUACUCAUGUAUCGCUAAAGAUCAAUACAAAGACAACCACGCUGCGUGCUUUCUUGGAAAAAAUUGUUCACAGUCAAGACGAUCAAAUGGAUACAGAAGAUGACGUAGUAAUAGCAAACGCAAGAAGCAAUGAAAUUAUAUAUGAUCUGGACUACAUGGACAGUCUCGAUUCGACUUUUGAACAAUUGAGUCUCAGAGACGGAUCAAUGCUUUCGGUAACCGCAGACAGCGCGACACCCGCUGUCUUUGCGAUAUCUCACAGCGAAACAUUCGAGUCUCCUGAAACCUGGUAUGAAGUAGAUAGAGACCCUGCAGACAUAUUUAGGCGACGGAUGUCUGCUUCGACUGAAAACGUAUCAACACCAUCUCACAAGAGAAAACACGACAAUGAUGAUGAGUUGGAUGAAACGUCGCCGCAUAAACGACUUUAUACAGAAAUGGACAAAGUUCUAGUAAUUAAAGAUGACGAUCUGGAGAUAUUGACUGAAGUUCCGCCCGGUUUUGGUGAUGGAAAUUGA